AUGUCUCUGGAAGAUAAAUAUGAUGCUGCUUUAGAUCUCUUACGUCGUCUUGACCCAAGACACGUGGAGAAAAACCUCAAUUCUAUUUGCACCUUGCUCCAGCAUGACAAUUCGGAAGAGGGCGCCGAAUUAGCUCAGGACUUGUUGUCCUCAGUGGACACUCCAUUGAAGUUGGCCAAGUGCAAGGAGUCCGGCAAGAGCUUCUUGUGCUGUGACUACAACAGAGAUGGCGAUCUGUAUAGAUCCCCAUUCUCCAACAAGUACAAUCCACCCACGGAGGAUGACGAGUCACCAUACCCUUCGUCAGUCUUGAGAGAGUUGGAGAUCAAGGCCAACGAGAGCUUUGACGUCUAUAGAGACUUGUACUAUGAGAAUGGUGGCUACUCUUCAGUGUAUCUUUGGGACACUGCUGAGGAUGAAAGUGCCGACAGCUUGAAGGAAGGGUUUGCUGGUGUCGUCUUGUUUAAAAAAGAGGCCGAGGACGGUUUGGCCAAGUGGGACUCGAUCCACGUGUUUGAGAUCAUUCCAGAAGGAGCUAAUCUGGCCACGUAUAAGAUCACCUCGUCUGUGAUUUUGGACUUGCUGACCACGAAAUCUGACAAGGGCCUUUCGUUAGCAGGCACCAUGACUAGACAAUUGGAAUCCUCCCAGAGCCUUAGUACGGAAGGUGGUUCUCUUGAAUGGGCCCACUUGGUCAACUUGGGCCAGCUGAUCGAAAAAUCGGAGUACAAUAUCCGUAACUUGCUUCAAGAAGUUUACUUUGACAAAUUGAAGAAUAUCUUGUUGAAGGACUUGCGCUCUCUUGGAAACAUUUCUGAGAAGGAGUUGGAGAACCAGAAGCAAUCUGAGGUGGUGAAGGGAUUGCAGGGUAGAUCAUAG